AUGUCAUCGUUCGCUGGAGUAUCCGUCGUCACCGAGGGAAAGCUAUGCACCACGUCGGCCGUCGACGCCGGCGCAGACAGUGGGUACCAUCUGCUUGUGGUCAAAGGCUACUCGUACCGUACAAGAGAGGUAUCCAAGGGCCAGGUCAUAAGCUCGGAGCCUUUCAUGGUAGGAGGCCACCAAUGGGUCAUCCGGUAUUAUCCGAACGGUCACGACCCGAGUUGUGCCGACUUCAUCUCUCUCUAUCUCCGCCUUGACGCUGUUGAAAACCACGUGGCGGCCAAGGUGCAGCUCGAGUUUAGCUUCGUCGACGACGUCGAGAAGCAAAAGCGUAUCCGUGCAACCGAAACAUGCGGCUUCUCCGUCCAACAUCCUUCUUGGGGCUAUCCGAAGUUUAUGAGACGGGAUGUCCUCGAACGAUCGGCUCAUCUAAAGGGUGAUUGUUUCACCAUCCGGUGUGACAUCAUGGUUUGCAACACCAAGGAGGAUGCCGACGGCACCCUCCCUGGCAUACACGAGCAUUUUGACUAUCUGCUUCAGAAUAAGGUGGGUGCUGACGUGACGUUUGAGGUCAGUGGCGAGACGUUCGUUGCACACCGGUGUGUGCUCGCAGCCCGAUCAAAAGUUUUCAUGGCACAGCUCUUCGGCCCCAUGAUGGAGGCCACUACGUCCACUGCCAUACAGAUCAAAGACAUGAAACCAAAAGUGUUUGCAGCUUUGCUUAGCUUCAUCUACACAGAUUCGUUCCCUAAGAUGGAUAAGGAUAUAAUGUGGCUGCAAGACCUGCUUGUCGCGGCGGACAGGUACGAUCUCCAGAGGCUCAAAUUCUUAUGUGAAAAACAGUUGUCUGAGGACAUAGAUGUGGGCUCGGUGGCGUCCACUCUUGCUCUAGCCGACCGGCACCACUGCCACGGACUGAAGGAGGUGUGCUUCAAGUUUAUCCAAGCACAAUCUCCUGAGUGUUUGGAUAAACUAAUGAUGACUGAUGGCUGGCAGUGUAGUGUUACGACGUGCCCCUCUGUUUUGAAUGAGCUUGUUGCCAAGCUUGUGUCCAAUCAGAAGAAGAGCUAG